AUGGCGACUGAGAGCUCUCGCGUGAACGGCGAAGGCGCUCUUGCGCCGCCGUCGAUCUACCAUCCUUCGUCGACUCCGGCGAUGAUCCUCCCGAAAAGGCACGCGUCGUUCAGCUGCUACGACGGAACUUCCGCCUCGGGCACCGGGGCGUCGACGACUUCGGGCGGCUCGGCGGUCGGAGACAUGGGCAAUGCUUUAUCUUCCCGCAGUCUCCUCGGCGGACGGCCUGUCGGGAAACUCGGCGACUCGACGCUCUUUGGCACGAUGGACCCGACCUCGACUUCGGAAUUCCGGCCGAUGUCCCAAAAGUACGCCGCGCAGUACGAAGAAGUGAAACAGAUCCUCGCGCAGAGAGGCGACCUGUCGAAACGCGUCAUCAGCGCAAACGCCGACGCGUACUACAAUCACCUCGGCCUUAACGAGUACUACUUCCAGACCGCCACUGCGCAAACCGUCGCCAGCAACUUGGCCUGCGUCAUUGCAGCCAAAAUCCUCAACGAAUUCUCCCACUCGGACUACUUCCCGCAGAUCCAGCAGGAACGCGACGGCGAAGUCUUCCUCCUCGCCAGAGCUUCACUCCGAAACCGGAAAGCUUCGCAGAACUACCAGGUUGAGCGCGAGAUCGAGAGGAAAUUUUUGGGUCUGUCGGGAAAGACAACCCCGUACCGCAUGCAGUGCUACAGGUCGUCGGGAUCCUUCUUCGAUGACCCGGCAGACGAAAACGAGCGGCUCCGAACCUACUUCCUGCAGCAACCGGAGUACUGCGCGGAGACAGCGAAAGAAGGGGCAAAUCCGUGCGAGACGGACCUUUCGAAGCUGCUGGAUGUUUACUUCUAUGCGAACAAGAGAAACACAGCCACAGCUGAGAUCUACCGAAGACUUAAUGAGGAGGUGGUGCGAGAUUCCAGUGGACAGAACCUCUUCAUCAAUGUGGUGCCUCGAGGAACUGGCUACCGUAUGGAUCUCGCCUUCCGACGUGGACUCCACACGAAGGAAUUCUUUUCGCGACUAGGCGAUAGCGUCACCAUGUGGGGUUUCUACUCCCAGAGGAAAUACGUGGAGCCUCUGGCCAACGGAGUGUCGAUCAUCACGACAUUCAUCGAGGAGCUGCCGGAGGACCAGCUGACGGACUUCCCUGAAAUGAGCAUAAGCCGCAGAGUCGAGCGUCUGGUUAAGGCGAUCCGCAUGCAGUACAUCAUGCAGCCCUCCAAGUUCACCGAACUCGCGCAGGAACGCCGCCUGAGCGUCCACGAGGCAGCCUACGCGUGGGCGGUGAGCAAAUUCAUCGUCCACUUCUCGGGCACUGUCGGACCGGCCUUUGGUGCGAUCGAGAAGAUGGUCAAAAACUUUGGCACGGCGACGCACCUUUCUCACCAGGAGCUGUACGAGUUGCGCACGCGUCUGAAGCUGCCGCCGUUCUCCGAGGAUACGGUUCUGAAGGUAGUCGACUCUCAUCCGGACAUGAUCAAGCGCCUCUACGAGGAGUUCCAGGAGAUGCAUCAUCCGCGAGCGUAUGCGGAGCGUGGCCAUGUGCUGAAGGAGUGGGAAGAAGAGACGCCGUUGAAACGCGACAUUCUCUGCCUGGACAGCCCGGACGCCCCUCCGAUUCUCCUCAAGUUCCGGCUCUUCAACAAGCACAUUGUGCGCACAAACUUUUGGAAAGACGUCAAGCAAGCUUUGUCGUUCCGCAUGGACACCUCCUUCUUGCCUGAAGCAGACUACCCUGAACGCCCCUACGCCAUUCUCUUCACCGUCGGCAUGAACUUCACGGGCUUCCACGCACGGUUUGCAGAUGUGGCCCGUGGGGGCGUUCGCGUGGUCCAGUCCUUCACCACGCAGAGCUACCAGCGGAACCGCGACACGGCUUUCGACGAAGUGUACAAGCUGGCAAGCACUCAGAACUUGAAGAACAAGGACAUUCCCGAAGGAGGCAGCAAAGGCGUCAUUCUGCUGAGCAAAACGGAUUCGCGCGACGAAGCAGACGCGCUCACCAAGUCGGCCUUCAAAGCGUACAUCGACAGCAUGCUGGAUGUUCUCCUCGCGGAUCCGCGGGUUGUGGACCGUCUGGGGAAGGAGGAAGUGUAUUUCCUCGGACCCGACGAGCACACCGGGACGGGUGGGCUGAUGGACUGGGCUGCGAUGCGCGCGAAGGAAAGGAACGCGUGGUUUUGGAAGGCGUUCACCACGGGCAAGCUGCCGGCGAUGGGCGGCAUUCCGCACGACACGUACGGCAUGACGACGGCGAGUAUCGAGACGUACAUCCAGGGCAUUCUGGAGAAGAAGAAUCUGAAGGAAGAGGAGGUGACCAGGCAGCUCAUUGGCGGUCCCGACGGCGACCUCGGCAGCAACGCCCUGCUCAAGAGCAACACGAAGACGACCUCGAUUGUGGACGGAAGCGGCGUGCUUCACGACCCUGAAGGCCUCGACAUCAACGAACUGAGACGUCUAGCCAAGCGCCGGUUCGAAGGUUUGAAAACGAGCGCCAUGCUCUACGACGAAAAACUCCUCAGCCCCAUGGGGUUCAAGGUGUCCCAGGACGCCCGCGAUGUCGUACUCCCUGACGGCACGGCGGUCGCCUCGGGCUUUGAGUUCCGCGGGAGGUUUCACCUGGAUCCGCGGGGGUCAGCAGACCUCUUCAACCCCUGCGGAGGCAGGCCUGCGUCGGUCACGCCUUUCAACGUCGACAAAAUGUGCGACGAGAAAGGCAAACCCCGCUUCAAAUUCAUCGUUGAGGGUGCGAAUGUGUUCAUCACGGACGAGGCGCGGCGCAUGCUCGAGGAGCGCGGCGUCAUUCUCUUCAAGGACGCGUCCACGAACAAGGGCGGCGUGACGUCGAGUUCCCACGAGGUCUUGGCUGCCUUGGCGAUGACGGACGAGGAAUUUGCGAAGCACAUGCAAGUGACUGACGCGAACAACCCGCCCGCGUUUUAUCAACUCUACGUGAAGCAGGUGAUGGACCGUAUUCGCGAGAACGCCCGCCUGGAGUUCAACGCGCUCUGGGAAGAGAGUCUGCGCACCGGAAAGCCGAGAUGCGACCUCACCGACGUGCUUUCUGCAAAGAUCCUCAGGCUGAACCAGGACAUCCACAAGAGCGAUUCACUCUGGCAAGACGAUGACUUGGUGAGUCGCGUGCUGCUGAAGGCGCUACCGGACGUUCUUGUUCCUGGCCUGAUGAGCAUCGAGACGCUGCGUCAGCGGGUUCCGGAGUCGUAUCUGCAAGCGAUUUUCCAGUGCUUCCUGGCGUCGCGCUUCUACUACUCCCAGCAGUUCACCGAUGAUCUCUCCACCUUUGCUUUCUUCGACUAUGUUCGCCAUCUGAAGAACCAGCCUCUGCCUGAGAGCGUGACAGCGAAGAGACAAGACAACUGA